CAGCAGUCAAAGAGGACCGCCCGGGCGAGAGACGGAGCGCAAUCAGUCCGUGUUGUGUUGUAGUGUACGUGAGUGUUUGUGCACCGGAACGAUUGGCCGCCUUCUGGGGCGGCCUUGAUUUUGUGCGAAGUGGAGGAGGGACCGAGAGCAAAGCAACAAACGCAGCGUGCGGAACGACUUCAGGCAGUGUCGAAUCGGUAUCCUCGAGACGGGUACACAGCAGUAACGUGGAGACAGAAGCAUGGAGGGGCUGAUGCAAAAGCUGAAGGUUGUGCUCGACAAGAUCACCACCGCCAGGGCACGGGUGGUUGCAGCUUUUAAGAGCCCUGCAUGGGUGAAACCGAGGUUCCUGACGCACAUAAUGGGCCCGGUCAUCGCGGUGAUCGUCAUCGCGUCCACCUUCUCCAAGACGGAGAGCCUCAACCUCUUUAGCUUACACGCGACGUGCAUGGCCUUGGCCUUCGUGGUGCUAAUGCCGGAGGGAGUCGUGGCCUACAGGAAUCACCUGCUCCUGGACUCGCUGAGCCCGAUCAUGUCCAACGGGACAAAGGCCAAGAAGAGAACGAUUCAUUUGACGCUACAGGUCUUGGCGUCCAUGUUUGCCGCGUUAGGGCUGUUUUUCAUCGCGGGAAACAAGGUGUACCACAGGAACAGCAUCCUGCCGCGAACGUGGCACGGCGUGGUUGGCGCCAUCACUCUACUGGCGAUGGUGAUGCAAGUCGUCGUGGGGCGGUUAAAGCACAUGAGCUUCACGAGCGGUGUCAUCGAUGCCAGAAAUAGGGGCAAGAGGUACCGCUGGCACGGGAAGGCGAAUGGGCCUCCUGCUGUAUGACUUGUCGACGGUAUCGCUCGUGCUCGGCCUGUGGACAUUCUUCGGUUUGUCGGUGGUAGCAGUCGUUGUCCCACUGAUGCUGGCGUUCGCGUGGCUCAACGUCAACCUCCAGAUGCACGAAACGAAGCACAUCACGGUUCCGGUGUACAGCGAGGGGACGGACGACCCGGCAGGGGAAAAGUUGACCGCACCCGAGACGAAGCAGCUCGAGGAGGAAGGGGUGCCCGAGUCCAAAGGGGAGAGGGAGUACCCCUUGUGAGGCUUCACCCCCGAGAGCGACCGGCGGGUUGGUUGUGGUGAUCGAGCGGCGCGCUGCUGUGUUUAGCUUGUUCUUUUUCGACAGUGGCGGUUGUUAUUGUUGUUGUUGUUUUCUUCUCAUUGGACUAAACUCGUGUCAGUUGCUAAUACCAAAAUCUAGCAAAGACUCGGUC